AUGUCAGAUCUCAAAGCUUCAGUUGUCGAGACCAAGAACGGCUUCCACGUCGAGGGCUACGAGAAGAUUGAAUAUGACUUCACCUUCCUUGAUGGCGUCUUCAACCCCGCCAACAACAACCUCGCUCAGUGUUACGAGCGCUGGGGUCGUUGCCUGGCCGUCAUGGACUUGAACAUCUACAACGUCUACGGCGAUGAGAUGCAAAAGUACUUUGACCACUACAAUCUUCCCUUGACCAUCCACAAGACCAUGAUUGGUGAGAAGGCCAAGUCAAUGGAGACCCUGCUCAGCAUCGUCGAUUCCAUGACCGAAUUUGGUAUCAUCCGAAAGGAGCCUGUACUUGUCGUCGGAGGUGGUUUGGUGACUGAUGUUGCUGGAUUUGCUUGCGCUGCCUACCGAAGGAACACCAACUUCAUCCGUAUCCCUACUACGGUCAUUGGCCUGAUCGAUGCUAGUGUCAGCAUCAAGGUAGCCGUCAACUACGGCAACUACAAGAACCGUCUGGGAGCAUACCACGCCCCCAUGCACACAUUCUUGGAUUUCUCGUUCCUGAAGACUCUCCCAGAGGGUCAGGUACGAAAUGGCUUCGCAGAGUUGAUCAAGAUCUCAACUUGCGCUCACAAGCCAACAUUCGACUUGCUUGACAAGUACUGCGAGAAGCUGAUCACUUCGCGCUUCGGUCGCGAGGGUGACGACAAGGAAGUCCUCCAGGCUGCGGAUGAGAUCAACCGUGCUGGUAUCCACGAGAUGUUGAAGCUCGAGACACCCAACCUACACGAGAUUGGUCUCGACCGUGUCAUUGCCUACGGCCACACCUGGAGUCCUCUCCAUGAGCUUUCCCCUAAGGUUCCUCUUCGUCACGGUCAUGCCAUCUCGAUCGACAUGGCAUACUCAGCCACAUUGGCCAACCAGCGCGGUCUGCUCAGCGAUGAGGAACAUAGGAGGUUGUUGAACCUGUUCUCCAGGGCUGGUCUGUCUAUGGACCAUGAGCUGUUCGACGAGGACAUGCUUGACAAGGCCACCAAGGCCAUCCUGAAGACUCGUGACGGUUUGCUCCGCGCUGCCGUACCGAACCCCAUCGGUACCUGUGUCUUCUUGAACGACGUCACUGCAGAGGAGAUGAACAAGGCUCUGCGACGACACAAGGAGCUGAUGAAGGAGUACCCUCGCGAUGGUGCUGGUCUCGACGCCUUUGUCGAUGCCUCUGACACUGGCUACACUAUGAACGACAAGCCCGUAGAGGACGCCAUGCGCGACUCGAAGAAGGUGAUGAACGGCAUGAGUAACGGUGCCGUCAACGAUACCGCCAACGGCCAUGCCAACGGAUUCCCCAAGGGCCUACAGGAGGUCAUGGUGAACGGAUAUGAGAACGGUUACAAGAACUAGAUAGUGACAUAGCUGCGAAUAAGUCCGACUAGGCAAGCACAUGUCAGGUGGUGGGGGGGCUCUUCGAGCAACGGUACUUUCGUUAUCCAGAGGCGAUACGCCUCAUAUUCGUCAGCUACCCCAAGAAAUAAAAUACAACUUAGUUCACACAC